CCAUGAGCUUCUUCGUCCCCCACGCAUCUCGUAUCGACCUGGAGACACCGCCAAGCUCAUCUGGAUCGCAUCGUGUGGCGUGCGGCACGCGUCCAUCAUAGCUGCUUCCUCCACCCUAAUCUAGCCACAACUACAAUGUUAAUAUUGGCGGAAAAAGUCUCCCAGCAUCUCCAAUACGACGGAGAAUUAUACCCCCGGGGUUGUGUUUUGCGUCUCUGCGGACACAAACGGGGAAGCUUCCCUGCACUGCAACGCUAAAUACGAGAUCUCACCUUCUCUACCGACGUCAUUUUCACCAAAACCUUGGGAGACGUAGUCUUUAUCACCAACCUCUCUUUUCUGUAGAAAUUUGUAUAAAAUGCCACUGUAAUCACCACCAUCACCAACAUCCAUCAUCAUCAUCAUCAUCUCAUCACUCUCACACUCCUCUCUACUCCAUCACAAUGCACGCCACAUCCCUCUUCACGCUUACAUCGGCUCUUGCUGGCCUCACCGCCGCUGCUCCCUCUCCUAACAACAACCUCAGCGCAUCCAAGGGCAUCAAGCUGCGCGUCCACCUCAUCGACGCCACCAAGGACCUCCCCAAGCCCGUCUCCAACCUCUACAUCACCUCCAUCCACGACGGCGCCGGCCUAAACUCCGUAGGCUUCUCCGACCAAGGCCGCACUUUCUACAUCAACGGCACCGGCUCCGACGGGCUCUUCUGGCGCACUCUUUCUGAUGGCGGCAGCCCCAGCUCGCCGUACGGUCUUGCUCUGCACUACAACAAGGACACCCCUGAUGUCCAGGGCGUCCGCCUCGACGGAGGCCCCGGCGAUAGCGACAUCUACGUCCCUGCUGCUGGCUAUGACAAGCCCGAGCUAAUUCCCUACGGAUGGAUGGCCUGCGACGAGCCCCUUGCCUACUACGGCGGCACGCACUUCAACAUUCUCCAGCGCAAUGCUUUCCAGGGCGCUAUUCCCAAGGAGUGUGUGAGCGUCAAGUUGCUACCUGAGUGCACUGACCUUCCUGCUACGCCUCCUGGCGCUCUGGCAAACCAUGACCAUGCGAUUGUGGUGAGCUGCUACAAGGACGCCUCCAAGGCUGAGUAGAGACAUGGAGAUGUUUUCAUGAUCGAUGAAUAAAAAGGGAAAUAAUAGUAAUACUGUAUAAUUAAAUUGUAUAUAAUAAAUAUUUACACACCAAUUUCAAUGGCCG